AUGGAUUUAAAGAAACAUCUCAGAGUCCAUACUGACGAGAAACCGUAUUGCUGUGAAUUCUGUUCAAAACCAUUUUCCAUCGCUUCUCAUUUAGUGAAACAUCUGAGGAUCCAUAUUGGGGAGAAAACACAUUCAUGUGAACAUUGCUCAAAAGCAUUUUUCAACGCUUCAGGUUUAAGGAAGCACCUUAGAGUACAUACUGGAGAGAAACCCUAUUCCUGUAAGCAUUGCUCAAAAGCAUUUUCUCACAUUUCAGUUUUAAAUAAACAUAUUAGAAUCCAUACGGGCGAGAAACCGUAUGUCUGUGAACAUUGCUCUAAAGCAUUUUCCAACGCUUCAUAUUUAAAGAGACAUCUGAGAAUACAUACUGGAGAAAAACCAUAUUCUUGUGAACAUUGUACAAAGGCAUUUUCCAACUCUUCACAUUUAAUGAGACAUCUGAAAAUCCAUAUUGGAGAGAAACCGUUUUCUUGUGAACAUUGCUCCAAAGCUUUUUUCAACGCUUCAGAUUUAAAGAAACAUCUCAGAGUUCAUACUGGCGAGAAACCUUAUGUCUGUGAACGUUGCUCAAAGGCAUUUUCUGACCCUUCAGAUUUAAAGAAACAUCUUAGAAUCCACACUGGCGAGCAGCCAUAUAGAUGUGAAACUUGUUCGAAGUCAUUUUCUUACCUUAAUACCUUAAAAACGCAUCUGCGAACCCAUACAGGAGAAAAUCCGUGUUCGUAA